CUUCCGGGGCGGAGAGAGAAGAAAGGCAUGUCAAGCAAGAAACGAAUGGCGUGUCGAGUCUCGCUGGAAGAGAGGGAAGAGCGAAGUUCACGGAGCCGGCCAUGAUCGGUCGCGCUCCUUGUGACGUCCAGUGGCAGAGGCCAAAGGACGUUUGGAGCAGCCUUGAGGGAAAGAAUCAGGCGGGAGGGCAGACAGAUAUUACCCUAAAUAUGGCACUUGUCAAGUCCAAAGUUAUCUUGUUUUUCUUUUCUAUCUUGUUUAUCGUUUGUUCCCUAGUCGUCCUUCUAUAUAAUGGAAGUCCAGCAGAGCCAGAGACUUUAGUUAAUUCCCUGUAACCCCGCUCCAGUACUUGUUCCCUGAAAUCAUCUGAAUUAACCUCACGUGUGGAAAAUAAUACUAGCUGAGAAACGCCGGUAAUAACUGCCAGACGUUUGUUAGAAACUUACUAUGUGCCAGAUAGGGGCCAAGGGGAGACCUGGCUGCCUGGUCUGUGUGGUGCAGAGUGGUGCAAACCCAGUGGCAGGAGCGACUGAAGCAGGAGUAUCCAGUUGUCACUGAGGAUUACUUGGAGGCACAUUGUUUUAGUGGCAAAAAUAGCUACCUUGGAAGGAUCCUGGGCUUGGAAUCAGACCUCUAUUAAAAUUUUGUUCUGCUGCACUGAAAACUUGGAUCAAGCAGUAGACAUGAUGACCGUCAAGGCCUUCACCUUGGUCUCUGCAGUGGAGCGGGAGCUGCUGAUGGGUGACAAGGAGCGCGUCAACAUCGAAUGUGUGGAGUGCUGCGGCAGGAACCUCUACGUGGGCACCAGCGACUGCUUCAUCUACCACUUCCUGCUGGAGGAGAAGACGCUGCCCGCGGGCACGGCCACCUUCAGCGCCAACAGGCAGCUGCACAGACACCUGGGUUUCAAGAAGCCGGUGAGCGAGCUGCGGGCGGCCUCGGCGCUCAGCAGGCUGCUGGUGCUGUGCGACAGCUCCAUCAGCCUGGUCAGCAUGCUGAGCCUGGAGUCCGUCCCCUCGGGGGCCCGCAUCAAAGGGGCCGCGGCGUUCGCUUUGAACGAAAACCCCGUGAGCGAGGACCCGUUCUGCGUGGAGGUUUGCAUCAUCUCGGUGAAACGCAGGACCAUCCAGGUGUUCCUUGUGUACGAGGACCGGGUGCAGAUCGUCAAGGAGGUGUCGACCCCGGAGCAGCCCCUCGCCGUGGCUGUGGACGGCCACUUCUUGUGCCUGGCCCUGACCACGCAGUACAUCAUCCUGAACUACACCACGGGCGCCGCGCAGGACCUGUUCCCCUACUGCAGCGAGGAGAAGCGGCCCAUCGUCAAGAGGAUAGGCAGGCAGGAGUUCCUGCUGGCCGGCCCCGGAGGCCUGGGCAUGUUUGCCACGGUCGCCGGGAUAUCCCAACGUGCCCCCGUGCACUGGUCGGAGAAUGUGAUCGGGGCGGCCGUUUGUUUUCCCUAUGUCAUCGCACUUGAUGGCGAGUUCAUCACGGUUCAUAGCAUGCUGGAUCAGCAGCAGAAGCAGACCCUGCCCUUCAAGGAGGGCCACAUCCUUCAGGACUUUGAAGGAAGAGUGAUCGUUGCCUCAAGUAAAGGAGUUUACAUCUUGGUUCCAUUACCUCUGGAAAAACAAAUACAGGAUCUUCUAGCAAGCCGUAGAGUGGAAGAGGCUUUGGUUUUAGCGAAAGGAGCCCGGAGGAAAAUUCCAAAAGAAAAAUUUCAGGUAAUGUACAGAAGGAUUCUGCAGCAGGCGGGGUUUAUACAGUUUGCACAACUUCAGUUCCUGGAAGCUAAAGAGCUCUUCAGAAGCGGCCAGCUUGAUGUCCGGGAGCUGAUCUCUCUCUACCCUUUGCUGUUGCCCACCUCGUCUUCAUUCACCCGGUCUCACCCUCCUCUGCACGAGUAUGCAGACCUGAGCCAGCUAACCCAAGGUGACCAGGAGAAGAUGGCCAAGUGCAAACGGUUCCUCAUGAGCUACCUGAAUGAAGUCCGCAGCACCGAGGUAGCCAAUGGCUACAAAGAGGACAUUGACACAGCCUUGCUCAAACUGUACGCAGAGGCUGACCACGACAGCCUCCUGGACCUCCUGGUCACCGAAAACUUCUGUCUGCUGACGGACAGCGCUUCCUGGCUAGAGAAGCACAAAAAGUAUUUUGCACUUGGACUGCUCUAUCAUUAUAAUAACCAAGAUGCUGCUGCAGUUCAGUUGUGGGUGAACAUUGUGAACGGGGACAUCCAGGACUCCACACGCUCAGACCUGUAUGAAUACGUCGUUGAUUUUCUCACCUACUGCUUAGACCAGGAGCUGGUGUGGACCUAUGCUGACUGGGUCUUGCAGAAAAGUGAGGAGGUUGGAGUUCAAGUUUUCACCAAGAGACCUUUGGACGAGCAGCAGAAGAAUAGUUUUAAUCCAGAUGAUAUUAUCAGUUGCCUUAAAAAAUACCCUAAAGCCCUUGUUAAAUAUCUGGAACAUCUAGUUAUAGACAGGAGACUGCAGAAGGAGGAGUACCACACUCACCUCGCUGUCCUCUACCUGGAGGAGGUGCUGCAGCAGAGGGACCCCACCGGCGGCACGCAUGCCCCAGCCACCGAGACGCAGGCCAAGCUACGGCGGCUCCUCCAGAAGUCCGAUUUGUACCGAGUCCACUUUCUGAUAGAUCGGAUCCAGGGUGCCAGCCUGCCCAUGGAGAGUGCCAUCCUCCAUGGCAAGCUGGGCGAGCAUGAGAAAGCCCUGCGCAUCCUGGUGCAUGAGCUGGGAGACCAUGUGGCGGCCGAGGACUACUGCCUGUGGCGCUCCGAGGGCUGCGAGCCGCCGUGUCGCCAGCGCCUCUUCCACACGCUGCUGGCCAUCUACCUGCACGCCGAGCCCUCUGCGCCCGAGCUGGCCCUGGCUGCUGUGGACCUGCUCAACCACCAUGCUGUGGAGUUUGACGCAGCCCAGGUGCUGCAGCUGCUGCCUGGCUCUUGGUCAGUGCAGCUUCUAUGCCCAUUCCUGAUGGGAGCCGUGAGGAACAGCAUCCACACCAGGAGGACCGCGCAGGUGGCCUUAGGACUGGCCAGAUCGGAAAACUUAAUCUAUAUGUACGAGAAGAUGAAGUUGAAAGGAAGCUCAGUUCGGCUCUCAGACAAAAAGCUUUGCCAGAUGUGCCAAAAUCCCUUUUGUGAGCCUGUGUUUGUCAGAUAUCCAAAUGGUGGCCUUGUGCACACCCGCUGCGCAGCCAGCAGACACACGAACCCCAGCUCACCCAGCCCCGGCACUCGGACUUGAAACGUGACCUCAGGGUGCAAGGGGAACUCCGAGUUCUUUACCAAGCCUGCCACACACAGCAGACAGCCACCGCACCUUGUGUCAGCCAGGACAAAGGGAAGACACCUGGGUGCUGGGAGACUGCAGUCCUUGUCAAACAAGGACUCCUCACCACUGACUGCUUUGUAUGAAUGUACACAAAAAAUCCCUGAAAAUGGAGACACGCAAGAGUUCACCUGUCCAGGUACAUAGUAACCCAAGUCAAAGGUCUACUUUGAAAGAAAAAGUGCAUCUUCCCUGUGCAAUCCAGACCCAGGUGAGGGAUCCCCACCACCCCGCACCCCGUCUUUAGACACACAUUUGCACUGGAAACAUGUUGUUUCAGUGUGGCUGGUGACGAAGCCCUCUGGCUGGGGCGCGUGGCCAGGUGCAGAGCGCUGUGGUGGGCACGUGCACCUGCUGGGGAGCAGCGUUGUCCGUCCCUGCAGCUCAGCCACUGGCAGUUCCAGGACUACCUCGUGGGCUCUGCCCUUGCCCUUAGAAAUAAAUGGUCGACCUUAGAGGGGAGUGUUUUUGUUCCUCCUCACUUCCCACCCAGCUGUCAGCACCCGAAGCAUUCUGCCUUGUGUUCCCGAGCACUCAGUUUUGGGUAAAUCAUGUGCUCCUGGCUUGGGUAAAUCAUGUGCUCAGUUUUGGGUAAAUCAUGUGCUCAAGAGAGCUUCCGAGCCGUGAAGAUGACGGCGGAAAGGCCACCGUGGCGGGCAAGGCCAGGCAUGUGCUGCUGGGCUGUCGCAUCGUCCGCUGAUGUGAUUAACAUGUUCAUGUGUUUGUGUCCCUCUUCUAGUUUUUCUCUUGUUUAGAAAUUCACCUGUCAUAUUUGUGAGGGAUGUUUUUCUUGUUCAAAUGUACCUCCUACUGAAUACUCGGGAAUCAAAGGGAAGCGUGGUGAGCACAAGCUGAGUGUCCCUUCCAGGAGAGGCCAGCUGGAUGGAGGCGCCCCGGGCAGGGCGGGUGGCAGCUGCUCCCUCACACGGCGCCCGCCCGCCCGGAGCUGUCCUGGGCCGCAGAAACAUCCGGCGUUCAAGAUGGACUCUGUAGUGUCGCCGACAGCUGCGGCCCUCCUUACUUCACUGCCCUCUUGAAUUGCUUCGAUGUGAUGACCGAUUCUGUUAGGAAGUCACAGUAAAGGCAGCACACCCCUCCACAAGCUCGGGAGCCAGAGUCAGCCUGCACGUGGGGCCAGAGAGGGACGCGCUCUCCACAUCUGCCCACGCCUUACUGAUGGGAGGGACGGCUCAGUCUCUGUGCUUUAAAAAAUGUUUCCUGUGCUAAUAAUUAAUAAUGGUCAGUGUAUUUUUUCCUUUUGUGAUUCUGUGUGGGCCAAGAAGCAGAAACAUCCGUGUGUUGAUUGGGGUAAUGGGCGCGAUCUUUCCCUAACGAUGUUUCCAGUCCUCUGCUGAAUAAACGAACAGAUUCUUGCAGCGCAACGUAUGUUGUGUAACUUGGUAUGAAAUCGAGUCCAGUCGUGGGUUUCCCCAUGGUGGACUGUUACAGAAUGGUCAUGUUGUUGCAUAUAUUGUCAUCACAACUGGUGAGUUUGAGUUUAUGUUCCUCAAAGAACAAGUUAUCAGUGUAUGCAGAAUUGCACUUUGAAAGCAUUGUUUCCGUGUACACAAAAUGGGUAAAAUCUUGAAAAGGCCUUGCUCUUUCCUGACUUGGGGACACUAGUCUUUGUUCUCUGAAAAUCAAUCAAUAUUUUGAAAUGUUUAUCACCCUUUAGAAUAAUGGGAAUUAGAGUUGAACAGUUUUCCAUCCCUCCUGAAUCUUUUAACAAGCAGAAUUCUGUGAUACUGUGCAGAAUUGUCUGGUAUGUUAAAAACUGUACCUUUCUCUAACCUUUUUCUCACUCCUGCAAGGCCUUUUUCUCGAGUCAUAUUUUUAAGAGAAAUCUAUGGUUCUUUCUAACAGGCCUGCUGUUUUGUGACUGUGCUGUUCAAUAGAGCAAUUAGAACCAUCACUUCGACCUUUUCCUCUCAUUAAGUUCAGUGUAACCUAAUUCUAGUUAAAACAGCAUGAAUUGAACUCAGUUUACAUUAAUAUUCUAUGGGCAAUACUAUUUAAUUUUAUGAACUGUUUAUCUGUUGUUGCCUAUCAAGUAUUAAUGUGGGAGUGUUGCAUGGGCUGAAGAGCCCUGAUGGUGAACGUGGUAACAAGUGCUGGCUCACGGCAGGAGCACGGGAGGUGGCUGCAGGGCCACUGUGGGGGGAGUGCCACGUAGUGAGGUGGUACCAGCUUUUGCCUGCUAUCCCACGGAGACCUUUGUCCUUGCAGCUUUAUCCUUUGCCCCAAUUGGGUCUCAAAUACACAAGAUGUACAAAUGUAAACUUGUGAUUUUAUUAAAAUACUUUUAAUUCUUUGUU